CCCAUCAGUAUCGUUUUCAAACCCCUUACAUAAACAAACCCUAAACCCCAUCGAUUCCAUUCAUACUUUUGAGAACAAUCAAGUAUCAACAAUGGUCUUGAAAGUGUAGACUGUUGGGUCUCAUCUUGCUUAUCAGUUUUUGGUUGGGUUUAUGCUCACUCGAUGGAAGGAUUAAAGCAAGGACUUCGUGCUUUCUCGAAGGAGCCCAUCUCCACCACCUCCAACAGAGCUUCUUUCGGCGAGUCUACCAUUUAUGCGGAUCAAUCUCGGGUUUUGGUUCCCAGGGCUUCCGGGAAAGUAGUUUCACUUUGGACAUGCACAAAACUUUGUGCCCUUGGCUUUGCUGUUGGUGUUGUUGUUGGCUUCACCUUAAAGCGACGUCUCCGGCGAUGGGCUGCAAAAAUUCUCAGACGUUUGAAGGAUGACUGAGACCACCAAGCCUUUGACUUUCAACUGAGUCCUAGUAAUCUGCAUGGUUACUUUUCGAAGUAAAAUCUCUUGAUGCUGAUCGUCAUUGGAAUCCCUGACUACCUGGUCAGACCCUUCCCAUUUGGUCAGUGUUCUUGUGGGUGUUUAUGGAAGAAUGUACUGAACUGCCAGGUGGCUGUCAUAUUUCUUGAUCUUUGAUGCAUCAACGCUUCUUCAUUUUUUUUUCCUGCUUAUGGAAUCUUAAAUUGGAAAGAUUGGUUGAGCUUGAGGUAUUUGUGCGGUUAACCUACUAAGAUGAUCAAUGGCGGUUAGCUUAA